ACACGCCCACUACCACCGUUUUCUCUAUGACUGCCAUUACUAUCACCCAACCACAGAGCCUCGAGAUGAGUGAACAAGAACGUUUCUUCCGAUACUUCCAGACCGAAGUCGCCGACCAUGGGACUUCUGGCGGCGAACGAGCAGAUGCCAUCGACCACUGUCUAGCCGGUAUAUCGAGACUCUCAAAUGAUGUGAAGGACAUAUCCGGUUCCCUCCCAGCACACGAUCAGAGAACGUACAGCGAGACGCGGGCUCAGGCGGCACCCAAGCCAAAGUUCUCUUUCAAGAAAAAGAACGCUUCUGCAAUCUCUAUCAACGAUGCAGCAGAAUUGGCGGCGAAGAAGCGUCUUCUCCAACCGAACAGUAAUUUUUCAUCGGAAGUCUCUUCUUUUGCAACGACGCCAUUGACCAUGCCUCAAACGCCUGCAAACGGACCCGCUGUCGAAGAGUCCACGCCUGCUGAGUCCAAACCCGACACCUCGAGUGGGAUCACUGAAGGUGUACGGAAGCUCUCCUUCUCGAAAGCCGACAAGAUACACAUCUCCAACCACAACAAAAUUCACAUCAUGCUCCCUUCGUCGGCCACACACGCAACAUCCGGAACCUCCGGUACGGUUACCAAUAUCCGCGAUAGCGUGAUUGAUAUGAGCAUCUCCGCUGCUUCAGCCUUUGCUACUCUGACCUUGAAAAACAUCAAGGGGUCACUUAUAAUUUGCGGGCAUGUUGACGGUGCUGUCCACAUCACAGAUGACAAAGACACUAAGAAUCUGUAUGACCAGGUUGAUGAUUUCAAGUGGCUAAAGGCAGAGCACAGUCCGAACUGGAGCGUCCUGGACACGGACAAACGCAUUAAAGACGGGAUCUGGAAGGAUGUCGUGCCAGGUAGCCCUAAGAGCGGUGUCGAGGAGAUUUUGAAGGCAGUCGGAAUC